AGCCGCUUACGAAAAUGUCGUUUCUUGCUGUUAUAUUCAACUCCCCUAACCUUAGCAUUCUAUUCUUUUGCCCUUAGCUUUGGAUCACCUCGAAAACUCAGUUAAAUAAUUCUCACAACGGUAUACUAUCACAUGGAGCCGAUCGACAUUUUGAAAAAAGGACACAACUGUGUCGUCUCGUUCUGGCGUCACGUCUCAUUGUCCCUCUCCCACUUGUUUCUGCUUAGAUUCCUCGAUAUAUAUAUAAAUGUGGGACUUACGCAGUUAUGCUUGUCAGUUGGAGAUUGAAUCAAAACUAUAAUGGGGAAUUGCUCUGUCAAAGGAGUCUCUGGAGAAUGUCUUAAUCAUAUCAGGGUAUUUACAGAUUCCGGGGGCAUUAUACAGCUCAAAGGUCCUAAACUAGCUAAAGAUGUCCUUAAGGGGUAUCCGGGUUAUGGCAUUUUUAGGCAGGGAAAUGCUUCGUCUCCACUGUCUAGCUACGAGUACCUUAUUGGUGGGCAAUUUUACUACCUUCUUCCACUUCAGGAGAUGCCAAUGUCUGUAGGGGUUGCAAGGAAGGAAGGUAUGAGGUUUCUUGACGGGUUUGAGUCACCAAAGCUUUCAUCUGGGGCAGAAUUAGUGGAUUUCGGAGAGACCGCAGAGAAUGGACCAGCUGUUCAGGUCCUGCCGUCGCAAGGUCACGGAGUAUGGAAAGUGAAAUUGAUCAUCAAUCCAAAGCAAUUGGAGGAAAUUUUAUCAGAGCAGGGAAAUACUGAAACCUUGAUUGAGAAGAUGAGAAUGGCUGCAAGCUCCGCUACUUUGGAACCCAGACAGAACAAAAGCUCUAGGGGGUUGGCUUGGAUGCCUUCUCUCUGUAGUGUAUUCAAGGUGUCCCCAAUUGAUAGGGCCAAAUAAAAAGCCUGAUGUUACUUUCUAUGUAAUGUUAGGAUACCAGAGAAUUAUCUCUCAACUAUCAUGUAAAUAUGGCAGAUUAGAGAUGGUGGUAGUAGUGAUGUCUUAUUAAAAAACUGGAGUUUUCAUGGCCGGACUAGGCUAAGCCGGCUAAAAGAGGCCACCAUGGUGGCAAAACAAGUGUCUGUGCAGUUACUGUAGCUUCGCUUGUCCGUGGUCAUGCCAUCUAUUAUUACUUAACCUAAUUAUUGGGUUAAUUGUUGUUUGUUAUGUUUUGGAUGUUAACAUUAUCUUGCACUGUUAGCAAGUGCUGCGUUUGACGUAGGUACUAAUGCAAUUAAGCGCUGAACAGCACUAUUUUCCAGGA